GUCAGGAUUAAGCUAGAGCGACGGCUUGUUCGGCUCAUUGAUUGUUAGACAACCCAUCGAAGAGGAAGCAGAGGUCAUCAGCAAAGCGUAUGACUACGAUCUUGCUGAACACGUGAUUGUGAUGAGUGACUGGUCAACUAUAGAUGGACUGGAAACAUUCACCACUGCCUAUGCACCUGCCAAAGUAGUCAGAGAUCAUACUAUUAAUAUCUUGAUUAACGGAAAGGCACAAGGAGCGGAGUUCAUAGACGCAUUUGGAAGAAGUGCGUACACUCCACGGGAGACAUUCGGAGUUGUAAAGGGAAAUCGCUACCGUAUGCGGAUCAUGAAUGCAGCAGCGACGUCUUGUAACAUCGCCGUUUACGUCGAAUCCCAUUCGCUGAAAGUUAUUGCUGCGGACGGCAGUCUGGUCGAUCCAGUAGACGUAGAUUACUUGAUCAUCUCGCCAGGCGAAAGCUAUGACUUCGUGAUCUAUGCCAAUCAAGAAGAGUCCUCGUACUGUAUGCACUUUGUUGGGACAUCAUCAAGCGCGUGUCAGAUUUCGUCAUCCGCAAUUCUACAUUACAAUGACUACGACAAAAACCUGGCGUGCAGCAAUUCUCUUAUAUUCGACGAUGUAGUGUCGUCACACCAUAGCAACUAUUAUACUGCGCCCUCACAAGAAAUGCAAACAGUUACUUUGGACAUGUUACACUCUUUUGAUUCAGUAGGCUCAAGCCUUGUAGGUGUCGAUGACCUGCGAUAUAUAUCACUCAGUACCUUUUACGAUGACCGGUUCAAGUCUUUGAACACGUAUGGCGGGGUUCAGGUGAUUGACAACGUGGCUUAUAAAGUUUCACAUGCACCAUUGCUGAGUCACGAGACGGACGGUAUUGAGAUAUGUGAGGCUAAUGGCGACUACAAAAUAUACGAAUCUUGUGAAGACAAGAUAUGUUCAUGUACUAAUGUCAUGAAAUUGGAACUAGGAAAGGUGGUUGAAUUUGUACUUAUGAACGUGAAAGGGAGUGUCUAUUCCCACCCAAUGCAUCUACAUGGACAUUCCUUCCUUGUCAUGGGUCAAGGAACGUUCGACGACCAAUCGGUCACAGAGGAUGAAGUUAAGGCACUUGAUACAUCAGGUCUACUGCAGAGACUUCCUGUAGACCAAGUUGUCAUAAAAAACACAGUUGAUGUACCAGUAAACGGUUACGCAAUCAUCCGAUGGAAGGCAGAUAAUCCAGGAUUAUGGUACUUUCACAGCGAAGUCGUCAACCACCAUACAGCUGGAAUGGGUGUGGUUAUACAAGUAGGCGAUGACGACGAAAUUACGAAACCACCAAAAGACUUUCCGAAGUGUGGUCCUUGGUCACCUUAGUUUCUCAUACUUCUACACGAUUUUCACAGCGGCAGUGUGGAUAUGAAAUAUAUAAUGUAAUUUGGAAAGUGACCAUUGAAUCUGUUUCAUCAAAUGUAAUAAUACGUACAAGAAAAACA